ACCUCAGCAGCCAUGUCGAAGCCCCAUAGUGAAGCCGGGACUGCCUUCAUUCAGACCCAGCAGCUGCACGCAGCCAUGGCUGACACAUUCCUGGAGCACAUGUGCCGCCUGGACAUUGAUUCACCACCCAUCACAGCCCGGAACACUGGCAUCAUCUGUACCAUUGGCCCAGCUUCCCGAUCAGUGGAGACGUUGAAGGAGAUGAUUAAGUCUGGAAUGAAUGUGGCUCGUCUGAACUUCUCUCAUGGAACUCAUGAGUACCAUGCGGAGACCAUCAAGAAUGUGCGCACAGCCACGGAAAGCUUUGCUUCUGACCCCAUCCUCUACCGGCCCGUUGCUGUGGCUCUAGACACUAAAGGACCUGAGAUCCGAACUGGGCUCAUCAAGGGCAGCGGCACUGCAGAGGUGGAGCUGAAGAAGGGAGCCACUCUCAAAAUCACGCUGGAUAACGCCUACAUGGAAAAGUGUGACGAGAACAUCCUGUGGCUGGACUACAAGAACAUCUGCAAGGUGGUGGAAGUGGGCAGCAAGAUCUACGUGGAUGAUGGGCUUAUUUCUCUCCAGGUGAAGCAGAAAGGUGCCGACUUCCUGGUGACGGAGGUGGAAAAUGGUGGCUCCUUGGGCAGCAAGAAGGGUGUGAACCUUCCUGGGGCUGCUGUGGACUUGCCUGCUGUGUCGGAGAAGGACAUCCAGGAUCUGAAGUUUGGGGUCGAGCAGGAUGUUGAUAUGGUGUUUGCGUCAUUCAUCCGCAAGGCAUCUGAUGUCCAUGAAGUUAGGAAGGUCCUGGGAGAGAAGGGAAAGAACAUCAAGAUUAUCAGCAAAAUCGAGAAUCAUGAGGGGGUUCGGAGGUUUGAUGAAAUCCUGGAGGCCAGUGAUGGGAUCAUGGUGGCUCGUGGUGAUCUAGGCAUUGAGAUUCCUGCAGAGAAGGUCUUCCUUGCUCAGAAGAUGAUGAUUGGACGGUGCAACCGAGCUGGGAAGCCUGUCAUCUGUGCUACUCAGAUGCUGGAGAGCAUGAUCAAGAAGCCCCGCCCCACUCGGGCUGAAGGCAGUGAUGUGGCCAAUGCAGUCCUGGAUGGAGCCGACUGCAUCAUGCUGUCUGGAGAAACAGCCAAAGGGGACUAUCCUCUGGAGGCUGUGCGCAUGCAGCACCUGAUUGCCCGUGAGGCAGAGGCUGCCAUCUACCACUUGCAAUUAUUUGAGGAACUCCGCCGCCUGGCGCCCAUUACCAGCGACCCCACAGAAGCCACCGCCGUGGGUGCCGUGGAGGCCUCCUUCAAGUGCUGCAGUGGGGCCAUAAUCGUCCUCACCAAGUCUGGCAGGUCUGCUCAC